UCUGUUCAAUUGAUUAAUGUCUCUUUAACUAAAGUUCAUAUCUGGCUUGUAUUGAAGGAUAGCAAAGAUGAACUGGUAUACUUUUUAUGAAUGUGUUAUCGAAUUGUGGAACGAAUGGGAGCUUCGCGCAAUGAUUUUGCUAAGUCUCUCCCUGCAAUUUUUCCUCAUUGUCACUGGUUAUCGACGAAAGUAUACAGCCGGAAUCUGGUUCGGGAUGUUUGUUUGGCUAGCAUAUUUGUCAGCAGAUUGGUUGGCAACUGUUACAUUGGGUAUUCUUGCUCGUAGCCAAGGGGGUUCAGAAUCCAAAGGUACAACUUCAAAUGAAAGCUUCAUCCCGGCAUUUUGGGCACCGAUGCUCCUUGUACACCUUGGUGGUCCUGACACUAUUCUUCCUAUUCAGUAGAGGACAACGAAUUGUGGUUAAGGCACUUGCUACAACUAUUAACCCAACUCGCGGUGGCCUUUUAUGCAUCGUUUAGGUCAUGGUGGAGCAAGGAUCCGCUUAUAUAUGUAGUCAUUCCCAUCUUUGUUUCUGGAGUUAUCAAAUAUGGAGAGAUGAUUUGGGUCCUCUGGUUCGCAAGCUCCAGCAAGUUGAUGGACUCAGCAAACGAAGCAGGCAUGCAUGUACGAAGGCAAAUAUAUCCGGAAAUUUUGCGCCACCAAAAGUCGGAUGAUAUUUUGCCUCAACUUUAUGAAAUUUUGAUCACGGAACUGGGCAUAGAUCACCUUAAGCAAAUGUUGGGCAUAGAAGGGAGCACCCAACGAGGCCCUAGUGAUAUUUUUGUCACGGAACAGGGCAUUGUUGAAAUGUUGGGCACGAGGCGCAUUGUUGAAAUGUUGGGCACAGAAGGGGUCAUGGAUCAGGUUGAUAAAAUUUUGAGCAGAGAAGAGAACGUGGCUCGCAUUAAUGACAUUUUGGGCACAGAAGGCAUUGAUAAAAUUUCGGGCGUUAAUAAUAUAUUAUCAGAGGCCAAAAAGUUCCAUGAAGCUUGUUUCUUAUUCCAAACAUUGAAGGUACUAUUUGCUGAUUACACCGUUCCAUUUCCUGUUCAUAGGAUCAGCUACGGUAUCUUGCAGAGCAAGGAUGCUGCUGGAGCAUUCAAAUUGUUAGAAGUUGAGUUGGGGUUCAUGUUCGAUGUACUUUUCACCAAGGUGAUGACAACCAUUUGUCCGAGACCACGCAUCAUUCUCCGCUUCAUCACCUUUCUGUCCUCUGUCUCUGCAUUAGUAGCAUUCUCAUCAAUGACCAGAAACUCGCAUACCUAUUCCAAAAUUGAUAUUAUUGUAUCAUACUUGUUGCUGGUCGGAGCUACUGUUCUGGAGAUCUACUUGGUUAUUUUGAUGCUUUUCUCAGAUUGGGGUAUGCUUUGGCUUAGCGAUCAAAGGCAGCCACUGGCGGAUUCUAUUUGUCGAGUUAUUUGUUCUUCUCGGUUGCUAUCGUUUUUUAGCAAUAACAAAAGGUGGAAAGCAUCUAUAGCCCAAUAUGAGCCAAAAAAUUCUAGAGAAAGCCCAUGUAAACACCUCCCAAAACUCUUUAGAACCGGCAACAUUCAGAGCUGGGAGAUUGUUGGUGAUGAUUUAAAGGAAUUGAUCUUCAAACGUGUCUUAGAUAUGCGUUCAAGAUGCAAUUUCCCAUUAUCUCCAUAUAAGAUAUUGGAAGAGAAAGGUUGUCAUGCCCUCAGAAGUAAGGAUUGCCAUGAAAAAUUUGGAUGGUCCGUGGAUCAUAAUAAAGACUUUCAUGAAAGCUUCCUCAUAUGGCACAUUGCUGUUAAUACUUGCGGCGACCAGGAUUCAAUUCAUUGUAAAAUGAGCAGAUCUUUAUCUCGUUACAUGAUGUAUCUAUGGAUUGAUUUGCCGUUUAUGCUACCCAAAGAGUUGGGCGAACCAAAGUGCAAGCAAAUCGGUCAAAACUCGGAAGGGUCAGCACUAUCUGACGGUGUCAAGCUUGCCGACUCAUUGAAGUUGCUGCAGAGUGAACAGCAAUGGGAAAUGAUAAGUGAAGUUCUGGUAGAGAUGCUAACUUAUGCUGCGAUUCAAUGUGGAUGGAAAGAGCAUGCUCGAGCACUUCAAGGAGGAGGAGAGCUACUCACUUUGGUGGCCGUUCUUAUGGCUCAUCUUGGCCUCCAUAAGCAGUGUAAGUAA